AUGCCAAAAAAGAAGGCAGCCAAUGCUAGAGAACCCAUACCAGAAUCCUUCGAAAAUGAUCCUCCACCACCAUAUUCUCCUUCCGAAGCUUCCCAGCCUCCCCUGAGUGGGGACAGCCCAUCCGUCGCACCCUCAGCGCCUACUGCAAAUGAUGUGGGAUUUUACUCUCAUGAUGGAGUACCAGCAACCGACAGUAGUGAAGAAAAUCAGCUCAUGGACCCCUCAGCGCCACCACAAAGAUACAAUUAUGGAUCGGUUGAGCCACCAAGUACAACUGGAGACGUCUAUCAGGUACAUGAACAAAAUCAGAGCCUGUAUCAUACCAGCCAGCAACAACGAGAACAAGCACAUCAGUAUCGUACCAUGGCUCAGCAACAACGUGAGCUGGCGCGUCAGCAACGUGACAUUACUCAACAACAACGAGAGCAGGCGCAACAACAACGUAACAUUGCUCAGCAACAACGAGAACAGGCAUACCAGCAGCGAAAUCAAGGAAAUCAAUUUACAGCACAGGGAGAAACAUUUCAUACUAUGGGAGAUCGUCUGCGAGACCAGGGAAGUCGCCUACGAUCUCAAUUAGCUGGUCUAGGAGAUCAAAUUCGGAAUUCUCCCAAUGUUCAAAAGCCUCAGUAUACCAGAGUAAAUCAAACACAUGAGGAGGCUGGCUCUACAAGUGAAAGCCAGCCAUUAAAUGGGCGUACACGACGCAGACCUUUCCUGAAAAUAUUAUGCCAUUUACUAUUGGUGUGUAUCCUUGUUGGUUUCGUUCUGUUUAAGACAGUUACAUGGAAACAUGAUGAAGAUCCCAACGGUGACCCUGGCCUUCCAGACCGUUCAUCGCCAGUACCCCCAGUCCCAUCAAGUACACCAUCAAUUCCUCCUUCAGACCCUCCUUCAGACCCUCCUUCAGACCCACCUGGAGAUUCUCCAAAACAUCCCGAUGAUCCGAAGCAGCCAGAGGACCCCAACAUGCCACGGCAUCUUCCCGAUGGCUCUUCAUGUGGUUCUAAUUGUGUUGUGGCAUCAUACCGGUGGCCGAUCGAGGACUACUUGCGGUCCUUCAGUUUCUUUCAGUCGGGACAAUUGACAUCCGGACGUGCUUAUAUCAAGCGCAGCCGAAGCGCUGCGCCAGGCAAUUUUUAUGUGUCUUUAGGGCUUACCGGCAUUAAAAUGAGCGACAUUACAUUGGUAUUCUCGCCCAGUCGUUCAAUUAGUGGUGCCAGUGUCAUUCUCUCAACACCCAAAGCGAUCUCGCCAUUCAGUAGGAUUGAAAUGAAUGUUACUGUUGAGCUUCCCUUAGACACCAUGGACAGUUUUCAGGAUUUUGUGUUUUUGGCUAAAAAUACAGACAUUGCGUUUGAGGAAAUAGAUGAAUCCAAUACCUUCAAUAUCAGCAAACUUCAAGUCGCCACUACGAAUGCUGAUUUGAUGAUGAGCCCUCUUUUCACGACAGAUGCAGGUUCCGAAAUCACGACACGCAACGGAGACAUCAGCGGCAUUGUUCGCUCAAAAGGAAAAGUAGAAAUCAGUAAUGCAAAUGGAGAUAUUGACCUUGACUUGGUCGGAGACACCGCCAAUGUUUACACUACUAACGCUGAUGUUACUGGCGAAUACGUUUGCUCUGCAAAAUGCGAUUUCCAAACAACGUCAGGCGAAUUGAAGAUUCGAAAGGUGCAAACCGAAACUUUGCUACUGGAUAAUAAGAACGGAAGAAUCGAUGUUCGGAACAUAUCCUCAGUGUUCAGUGUUGUUUCUAGUGGUCGGAACGACUUUAUGAAAUUGCAAGUUCAAAGCAUCAUCCACGGUGCUAUGUUUGUGCUUACCAACAAGAAUGCCCCUGUUAACUUGACUAUGCCCAUGGAAUAUAGAGGUGAUUUCUAUCUGUCGACCUCUGCUGGUUACAAGUCUAAAGCCGAACUGGUAAACCCUCCGGACUCCGGGCAUUCUUUGAGAUUCAAGGUGGUCACUGGAAACUAUGUUAAAGGCACAAAACUCACUCCUUCCAACGUCAGAGAAGGCUCGAUAACGAUUGGUAACGAGAAUGACGAUGCCACCUUGGUAUUUACCGACGAAUGA